GAUGCGCAGCCGAGGGGAGCCGCCGCCGUCCCUCUAAGCGAGGGGUGGGUGGGUGGGGGAGGCCCCGCGCGGCCACAAGAGACCGGCGGGGAAGCUCCGGCGCUUCGCCCGCCUUCCCUCGCUUGGUUUUUUUUUUUUUUUUAAAGAAAUCGAAAGCCAGCCAGGCGCCCGGCCGGUUCUUGCAUCCUUCUCCUCCUCGGAGCCGUCGCCAGCGGCAACAGCAGCAACAGCACCAGCAGCAUCCUCCUUCAAAGCGUAUCGCCGCGCGGCCCGGGGUGAGGUCCGCGGCCGGCGGCAGCGCGGGGCCGUCCCUGCAUGGGGGGUCUGGGGUCGCCCGCCUUCCUUCCCGCCGGCCCCUGGAAGCGAAGGAGGCGGCGGCGCCGGCGGCGUCUCCUUCCCUCAGCUACCCCGGGACUGACGGCGAGGUCGGCGGGGGCCGCGAGCGGAGAGGAUGGCGGCGAGGCUGGCGCUCUGCAAAGGCCCGCGCACGCGGCUGCCGGUGGGCGCCAGCGCUCUGGGUUUCCUGGUCCUUUACUGGCUUUACAUCUUCCCGGUUUACCGGCUGCCGGACGAGAAGGAGAUCGUGCCCGAGGUGCUCCGGCAGCAAAGCAGAGUUUGGCGGAGGAACCUCAGCGCCGUGGCCGAAUUCAGGAAACUUCUCAAAGAUUGUUGCGAUCCGAGCCACCUCUUUGCAAUGACGAAACAAAAUUCGCCAGUGGGGAAGAGCAUCUGGUACGAUGGCGAAUUUCUGUACUACUUCACAAUUGACAACGAAACCUUCUCACUCUUUCCAAAGGUGAUUCCAUUCCAGCUGCCACUGAAGAGAUGUUCUGUGGUGGGCAACGGUGGGAUUCUGAAGAACAGCCGCUGCGGCAAGCAGAUCGAUCAAGCGGACUUUGUCAUGAGGUGUAACCUCCCUCCACUAAGCAAUGCAUACAGCAAUGACGUAGGAUCGAAAACUCAACUGGUAACAGCAAAUCCAAGCAUAAUUAAUAAAAGGUUCCAGAAUCUUCUUUGGUCCCGAAAAGCAUUUGUGGACAACGUUAAAGUCUACAACCAGAGCUACAUCUACAUGCCGGCUUUCUCCAUGAAAGCAGGGACUGAGCCGUCUCUUCGAGUGUACUACACCCUGACUGACGUCGGAGCCAAGCAAAAGGUGAUCUUCGCCAACCCUAACUUCCUACGGGACAUCGGCAAGUUUUGGAAAAGCAAAGGGAUUCAUGCCAAACGGCUUUCCACCGGCCUCUUCUUGGUCAGCACGGCCCUUGAUCUUUGCGAAGAAGUGACGAUUUAUGGUUUCUGGCCUUUUUCAAUGGACCUCCAUGGGCGGUACAUUAGCCAUCAUUACUAUGACAACGUCUUGCCAGAUUCCGGCUUCCAUGCCAUGCCAGAGGAAUUCUUACAGCUGUGGUUUCUCCACAAGAGAGGCGUCUUACGAAUGCAGCUGGAGCAUUGCGAGGACUCUUGAGUUUGGUCUACAAGGAGCUUGGUCUACAAGUUUGGUCUACAAGGAGCGCAAAACUUGUGUGUUUUACAGUUGCCGGUGCUUGCUUCAUUCGCCAUUGGCAUAAAGAAACAAAACCAAGCAACAUUGGGGGAGGGAAGGAGGGAGGGGUUUGCGGGAACAUUAACAACCUUUUAAAAAAACGUGCAUGGACUUCA